GUGAGCCAGUGACUGACCUACGCACAGCUUCUCCUACCUUAACAUCUCUCUUUUCCUUUUCAUUUUCUCCAACCCAAGAUUCAAAUUUGCAAUGGCGGUAUCAUCAAUCUCUUCAACUCUGUUCCCUUCUUUAACAAUUCCAAAUUCUUCUUCACCCAAACCAAGAUUCAGCUUUCUAUCUCGGUCUUCACCACUCUAUUUCAACCCCUUGAAGCUCCCCAAUUGUUCCUACAGACUUUCACAGUCCACCACAAAGGUUUUUGCCGCCCCUGAAGAUUUGGUAGAGACACCCGAGGUUGGGGGCUCUGAAGUGCCCGCAUCUUCAUCUGUUACCUUAGAAGCGGACAAGGUGGCACCUAAGCAGAAGAUUAGGAUUAAACUUAGGUCAUAUUGGGUCCCCUUGAUCGAGGACUCUUGCAAGCAGAUUCUGGAUGCCGCUCGAACUACCAAUGCCAAGACGAUGGGACCUGUGCCAUUACCAACCAAGAAGAGGAUCUAUUGUGUCCUUAAAUCACCACACGUUCACAAAGAUGCAAGGUUCCACUUCGAGAUUCGGACACACCAGCGCCUUAUUGAUAUUCUAUACCCAACAGCGCAAACAAUCGAUUCAUUGAUGCAACUUGACCUUCCUGCUGGGGUUGAUGUGGAAGUCAAGCUCUGAAGAAGACAACACUGUAGGUUUAGGUAAAUUUUGUCAAGAUUUGCUGCACUGUCAAGAUGUCACUUAAAAAACUUAUGUCAAGAUUUGCUUCAUUUCUUUCCUUGUUAUUUCUUCUGCAACUUAAAGAACUUCAAGAAAUGCAAAUGUUCAAAGUAUUGAAAUUGCUGAUUGCAAAA